UCGAAAGAUUGUUUUUUUAACAUCGAGGUUUCGUUUGUCAGUUCCAGGCGACUCUCCAGUCUUCUUUUGAGAUAGAGUUGAAUCGAUUUUGCACUUUCUGCAUGAAGAUUAAUUGCAGCUACGUGUAACAAAAACCUCCUAUAAUCAGACACCUCAUCAAAACUCUGAGAUCAUUACCUCUGUAGCACCUCCCCCACAUCGCCUCCCCCCACCGUCUGAAUUGUUAUGAUAAAGCCAAGAAAACUUCACCUCUAAUGCUCCAACAUGUUAAAACUUCGCAACUCAUCAACGACCCCAUUUCUACCCACUCAAAUAUCCAAACAUUAAUCCAGUAAAAUCCCACGUUACAUCAGGUCUCUUCUGUAAAAAUGUUCACUAUUCCCGCCGCUAGAAUCAUCUGACAUUUGUCUUGAUUCAAUGGCUCUUCUUGAAACAUGAGCAAGAUUCAAAAAUCAACCGAUUAGGCCUAGAUCAGCCUAGAAUAUUCUAAGCUUCUCCUAGUGCUUAUAUAACCAGGAAACCUUACUUGUUCGACCAAAAUACAGGACUUUCUGAGCACCCCUUUUCAUUUCCCCGUGCCAAGAAACCAUAGUAGUAAACGCUUCUUUUCUUUCUUGAGUACUUUUUUCUGUUUUAAGAAUAUCUGUUCAAUGGCGACCAAGGAAGGCAAGGCUAUAGGUAUAGACCUUGGAACAACCUAUAGCUGUGUUGGGGUGUGGUUAAACGACCGCGUUGAGAUCAUAACCAAUGAUCAAGGCAACAGAACCACGCCUUCAUAUGUGGCUUUCACGGACACUGAACGUCUGAUUGGUGAUGCAGCUAAGAACCAAGUGGCAAUGAAUCCACACAACACUGUUUUUGACGCCAAAAGGCUGAUCGGGAGGCGAUAUUCGGACCCUUCUGUUCAAGCUGACAUGAAAUUGUGGCCUUUUAGAGUUGUUCCUGGUCCAGGUGACAAGCCUCUGAUUGUUGUCACCUAUAAAGGCGAGGAAAAGCGAUUUGCACCAGAGGAGAUUUCUUCAAUGGUGUUGACAAAGAUGAGGGAGAUUGCUGAAUCUUUCUUGGGUCAUAAGGUGAAUAAUGCUGUUGUUACUGUCCCUGCUUAUUUCAAUGAUUCUCAAAGGCAAGCUACAAAAGAUGCUGGUUCGAUUGCGGGUUUGAAUGUGAUGAGGAUUAUUAAUGAGCCAACUGCAGCUGCUAUAGCUUAUGGUUUGGAUAAGAAGCAUCAAAAAAGAGGUGAGCAGAAUGUUCUUGUUUUUGAUCUUGGUGGUGGAACUUUUGACGUUUCUUUGUUGACUAUAGAAGAAGGGAUAUUUGAAGUGAAAGCCACUGCUGGUGAUACUCACUUGGGUGGUGAAGAUUUUGAUAAUAGGCUUGUCAAUCAUUUUGUUUCCGAGUUUAGGAGGAAGCAUAAGAAGGAUAUUAGUGGAAAUGCAAGGGCGCUGAGGCGGCUAAGGACGGCUUGUGAGAGGGCAAAGAGAACCCUUUCAUCCACUACACAAACUACGAUUGAGGUUGAUUCUCUGUAUGAAGGUAUAGACUUCUAUGCAACUAUUACAAGGGCGAGGUUUGAGGAGCUUUGCAUGGAUUUGUUCUUGAAAUGUAUGGAACCUGUGGAGAAGGUUUUGAGGGAUGCAAAGAUUGAUAAAUCUAAAGUUGAUGAAGUGGUGCUAGUUGGAGGAUCAACUAGAAUUCAGAAAGUUCAGCAAUUGUUGCAGGAUUUCUUCAAUGGGAAGGAGCUCUGUAAAAGUAUCAAUCCUGAUGAGGCUGUGGCUUAUGGUGCAGCAGUCCAGGCAGCAAUUUUGACAGGUGAAGGAGACUCCAAGGUUCAAGACCUUUUAUUGCUUGAUGUCACACCUCUAAGCCUUGGCCUUGAAACAGCUGGUGGGGUCAUGACAGUUUUGAUUCCAAGAAACACAACAAUUCCUAGUAAAAAAGAGCAGAUUUUUUCAACCUAUUCAGAUAAUCAGCCUGGGGUGCUUAUUCAGGUUUAUGAAGGCGAAAGAGCAAGGACAAAGGAUAACAAUCUUUUGGGGAAGUUUGAGCUUUCUGGCAUCCCUCCAGCUCCUAGAGGGGUGCCUCAAAUCAAUGUGGCCUUUGACAUUGAUGCUAAUGGGAUUCUAAACGUAACCGCAGAGGAUAAGACUGCUGGGGUGAAGAAUCAGAUCACUAUCACUAAUGACAAGGGGAGAUUGAGCAAGGAAGACAUUGAGAAGAUGGUGAGAGAUGCGGAGAAAUACAAGUCUGAAGAUGAAGAGGUGAAGAAGAAAGUGGAGGCCAAGAAUGCAUUAGAGAAUUAUGCUUAUAACAUGAGGAAUACAGUGAGGGAUGAGAAGUUUGAUAGCAAGUUAAAACCGGAUGAUAAGCAGAAAAUUGAGAAAGCUGUGGAGGAAACUAUUGAGUGGUUGGACAGGAAUCAGUUGGCAGAAGUGGAUGAACUUGAGGACAAGUUGAAGGAACUGGAGAACAUUUGUAAUCCUAUAAUUGCUCAAAUGUAUCAAGGAGGUGGUGGUGGUGGUGGUCCUAUGGGAGAUGAUAUGCAUGGUGGUGGUGGUGGUGGUGGUGGAGGUUCUACUGAUGGUACUGGAGCUGGUCCUAAGAUUGAAGAGGUUGACUAAAUGAUGUUAAUGGAGUAGCUAGAGGCUUUGCAUAGAUUUUUGCCUUGGGUUAUUUUUUCUUUUGCUAGGGGUGAGCUUUGGUUUGUACCGUUCACUUUUAGAUUGUAGUAUCAGUUUCUGAAUGUCCUCUCUCUUUUUCAUCUUUCUUCUGCUCUUAGUUGGAGCUUGUGACCAUGUAAAUUGAGCAAAUGGUAGUAGUAGUAGUCUAAAAUUUCUGAAUCUGGCUUUGGAAUUGGCCACAAUCUUCUUUGUCACUUGCACUUGUGCACUUGCUCUUGAGAUAAAUUAGAUCCUAAAUACAAUGAAUGCAUGUUAUGUUUG